AUGCCAAAGGAAGUUGUAGCAGAGAAAAUUGUAAAGAAGAAGGAGAUCGUUGAUGAAAAAUCCUCAGACAAGAACUUGGACGAUAGUUCGGAAAAGUCUUCCAGAAAGCAAGAUCGGGUGGUAGUAAAGCUGCCAAAGCCAAGUUAUGUACAUCCAGACGAUCAUAUUCAUACCAAACGCAAAGCACUCUUUGCUCCUUUUAUGAGUCCUAAGGAUAUCAAGGUCGAAAUAAGACAAGGAAAGCUCUAUUCUGGUACAUUGCGAAUCAACAAACGCAACCGCCAAGAGUCUUAUGUUACUACAGAUUCUCUGGAUGGAGAUGUGUUUAUUUGUGGCCAACAUGAUCGUAAUCGUGCACUUGAUGGAGAUAUUGUCGCUGUUAGACUGAUUGAUCCUGAAAAAGCUAUGGAAAAGAAGAGAGAACAUGAUAUGAGAAGAAGGGAUGAAAAGAAUCGUGCUCAAGAUAAAAACGGCGACCCAUCCGUAGGAAAAAGAAAUAAUACUGCGGAUGACACCAAACCCAAAUCAAAGUUCUUUGGCGUAGUUGUUGGAAUUAUCUCCAGAGUUGAGAAUCCAGCAUUUUCUGGCACAAUCGACAUUGAACGGUCUCAACAGAAAAGCAAGAAAGAUUCAGAUAAUAAAAGCCGCCCAAAUGAAAAAGAUAAACAUAAAGCACAUCCUUUUUGGUUCAAACCGACAGAUUUACGCGUACCCUUUAUCAUGAUUGCUACACGUAAUGUCCCGCCUGGACUUUUAAAAAACGAAGCCAAGUUUAAAGAUCACAUUGUGGUGGUCGAGCUUGUGGAAUGGCCUAUUGACUCUGCUUUCCCAUUUGGAAAGAUUAUACAAGAUAUUGGUCAAGUUGGUGAACUUAAGACAGAAGCAAAGGCCGUUAUGCUAGACAAUAGAAUCAAAGAUUCCCCAUUUUCUCCAAAGGUUCUCAAUUCACUACCUUCUACUCCAUGGACAAUUCCCGUGAAAGAGUACAAAAAGCGACGCGACCUUCGCGAUACCAGAGUAUUUUCAAUUGAUCCUGCAACUGCCAAAGAUUUGGACGAUGCUCUUCAUGUCCAACCUCUUGAGGAUGGAAAUAUUGAAGUAGGAGUGCAUAUUGCAGAUGUAUCUUUCUUCCUCAAGACACACACCGCUUUGGAUGCAGAAGCAUAUGAUCGUGCUACUAGUACUUAUUUGGUUGACAGUGUGAUUCCUAUGCUACCUUCCCUGCUUUGUGAAGAGCUUUGUAGUUUGAACGCUGGUGUUGAAAGACUUUCUUUCUCUGUAAUUUGGAAGAUGGACCUGAAAGGAAACAUUUUGGAUACAUGGUUUGGAAGAACUAUCAUCAAGUCUUGUGCAAAACUUUCAUAUGAUGAUGCACAGAGUGUUAUCGAUGGAAACAAACUCCCAUCCACAGUUAAACUUGCUGGGCAUACCACUGAUAAUGUUGAGUCAGAUAUUAUUCAUUUAUACAAACUCUCAAAACAUAUGCGCUCUCGUCGAUUUGAAAAUGGUGCUUUGUCCAUGAAUUCUAUCCGUCUUUCAUUCAACCUUGAUGAUAAUGGGGACCCUGUUGGCGUUUGGAUAUACGAAAUGAAAGAGUCUAAUCGCCUUAUUGAAGAGUUUAUGCUACGUGCAAAUAUGAGCGUGGCUGAAAAAAUUUCCGAAGCUUAUCCUGAGCAGGCACUCUUGCGUCGCCACAUCCCACCUAUUGAAAGAAGAAUGGAAGAAUUCCUAGGACUCGCUAGAGAAUUGGGAUACACUCUUGAUGCUUCAACGGCCGGAACACUUCAAGCUUCUUUUGAUGCGAUUGAAGCAAAGGAUAUUCAGACUGUCUUAAAGAUCCUUGCUAUUAAAUCCAUGCAACGUGCAAAGUACUUUUGUACUGGCUCUUUUGAACCAGAAAAAUACUCGCACUAUGCCCUCAAUGUUCCUCUUUAUACCCACUUCACGUCUCCUAUUCGUCGAUAUGCGGAUGUAAUUGUGCAUCGUCAAUUAGAAUGUGCCCUUCAAAAAAAAGCUGGAUGUGGUUACCAGAAAGAAGAUGUUGAAAGAAUUGCUUUGAGGUGCAACCAAAAGAAGGAUGGCGCAAAGAAUGCACAGGAUCAGAGUAUCCAGUUGUAUUUGGCACGUUAUCUCGAUAUCAUGGAGAAGAAAGGCUCGAUAAUAAGUCCAGCAAUUGUAUUGCAAGUUACCAGUGAAGGGUUUGAUGUCCUUGUUCCCGAGUAUGGUCUCGAGAAAAGAAUCAAUGUGAAAUCUUUACCACUUGAAAAAUUUAAACACAAUCCGGAAGAGCUUUGCAUUGACAUGUACUGGAAGAAGAACUCGAUUCCAUGUAGAGAGAAACCUGAAAAACCGAGUGACGAUGAUUCUGAGACAGACUCAAAGAGCAGUAUAGAACAAAUACCAGAUACUGAUAUCGUUGAUACACGGCCUUUGGACAACAUUCCUGGUAUACCUGUAGUCAAGCUUAGUCAGGAGAGCGUAAUGGAGGUCGCUGUUUAUUCCUCGGAAAAUCUGCAAAAAGUAAAACCUUUUACUCGAUUAGAUGUCCUUAUCCAGGCCGAAAUGAAUCGUAGUCCGCCAAUUAUCAAUGUGUACCCCGUUAACCCUUUUGCGACAUAUCCAAAGACUUUUCCAAAGAUCUGAUUCAAACUUGUGUCAGUUUUAUAGUUUUGAUUUAUUUUUCUCAAUGGAUGUGCCUGAAAUAUAUUUAUAGUAUUUGAUUAUUCUACCCAAAUAAAAUAUGAAAGGCAUCGAGAAUCUUGUGAGAA